AUGGACAGCAGAAGAACAACCACCGAGGCCGUCGCCACGGGGCCCAAACGCCGCCGCAUCAGACCAUCUCGGGCCCGCGGGUUGAGAACUCGGACAGGAUGCCUUACCUGCAGGGAGAGACGCGUGAAAUGCGACGACGGGAAGCCUACAUGUCUGCGGUGCUCCAAGGCUGAUCGCGUCUGUCGGUAUGCCCAGGGUGCUGACCAGCACCCUGCCACCGGAGCUGGAACGGCGCCAGCGGAUUUGACGGUGAACAGGGCCGUGACACUGCAGAGUCCCCAGGAGCAGCAGCAGCAGCAGCAGGUUGCCACGGCGCCGUACUUCCAGGCCCAGAAUGACCAUCUCAACCAAGCCAAUGAUCAGGCCUUCGCGACUUCUCCACUGUCACUGAGCCAGAUCUCCCUGCUCAACAUCUCCCCCCUAGAGUGGUACGAUCUGCUGGCCCGGGAUGCCAUCAGCAACAUCCAACGGCUAAACGAGUCAACCGGCGACCCACGCUGGAAACAUCCCGAGAUUGCUCUCUCUCGUAGACAGUCACCAGCGCCAGAAUGUCCCGAGGCUCCUGUCGAGCAGCAGCAGCAGCACGCUUUGGAACAAGACACCGGGACCGAGCCCCCUCUAUCAGAUUACCACCAGCUCCACGAGCCAUGGAACACAACAAGUAGAAUCGAACUAUCAGAAACCGACCUCCCCUUCUUUCAAUACUACAUCGAGGUCGUCGGGCCCAUCCUCGACCUGUUCGAUCCCGCGCGGCACUUCAGCAACGUCGUCCCCCAUCUAGCCCUCCGAAACACAGGCCUUUUGAAGGCGAUCCUCGCAGCCGGCGCAAAGCACAUGUCUCUCGGCCUCCUGCACGCGCCAGAAGAGCUCCCAGGCGGCCCUGCCCUGCCGCCCGAACCAGACCCGACCACCGCACCAAGUCACAUGGCAACCCAGUACUACUACGAAACGCUACAAUACCUCUCGCAGACCCUCCUCUACCCCUCGUACGCCGACUCGCGCGAGAUCCUCGCAACCGCCACCAUGAUCAGCACGUACGAGAUGUUCGACGCCGCCAGCGCCUGCACCACCAGCGGCGACUGGGAGAAGCACCUGCGCGGCUCGUUCUGGAUCCAGCGCUCGCAGGACAACGACGGCGAGUCGACGGACGGGCUGCGCCGCGCGGUCUGGUGGGCAUGGCUGCGGCAGGACAUCUGGGCGGCGUUUCGCGCGCGCCGGUCCACGCUGACCUUCUGGCGUGCGCGAAAGCCCCUUGAGGAGCUCGACGCGGACGAGCUCGCUACUCGCAUCGUCUACAUCUGCGGGAAGUGUGUUGCGUAUGCGGCGGCGGCGGCGGAGAUGUCGCCUGCUCAGGAUCCGCGGCCACGGAUCGAGGCCGGGGAUAGGUUGCUCCAGGCCCUGGAUGAGUGGUACAGGGUGCUCCCUGCGUCGUAUCAGCCUGUUGCUGUGGCUGGGCGGCUCCGGGAUGAUGCCGUGUUUCCGCCGGUGUGGAUUCAUCCGCCGAGCCAUGCGGGAGCCAUGCAGAUGUACCAUUUCGCGAGGGCGACGGUCCUGCUGAACCAGCCUACUAUGGGGGGUCUGAAUGCCUACUGUCUCCGCGACAGGCUGCUGAGUGAGAGUGUGCGCGUGGUCUGUGGAAUUGCGAAUGCGUGUCAGGAGCAUGAGUCUGCCAUGGCUUUUGUGAAUGUACAGGCGUUGUUUGGAGUUGGCCAGUUUGUUCGCUCGCCCGAGAUGCGCAGCGAGUUACUCCGUAUCCUGGAGAAGAUGCUGCGGAUCAGCAGAUUCCCGGCUACAGGGCUUGUCGCUGAGCUUAAGAAGGUGUGGCAGGAGUUGGAGCCGUAG